UGUGCUCUAACUCUCUCUUCCUCAAAACCUCCAGCAGCCACAUCCCAGCCCAUACGACCCCAGUCCCCUCCUGGCCGGAUUGCAGAUUAUGAACCUCAAAUAGCCCCAGAACAUAAAGAUUCGCCAUACUCUGCCAAACUCACUUCCACUGUCAUCUACACUUCUCAAGAAGGCCCAGUUCACCAGCCCCCUUCACGCAAAAUCGGAUCAAUUGCUGAUUAUGAUCCUUUGAAUGAAAAUUACGGUUCUUUGGCCUCUGGUUAUCGAAAUGUUAUGCCACCAGAUGCUUCCAAUAUGUACAGAGCACAAGAGCCAGUUCCUCCUGUUCCUAAAGCUGUUGGUCGUACCUUUCGAGCCAUGUAUGAUUAUGUUGCUCAAGAUUCAGAUGAAGUGAGCUUCAUUGAUGGUGACACCAUUAUCAACUGUAAUCCUAUUGAUGAUGGCUGGAUGACAGGAACCGUGCAACGAACCGGACAAAGUGGAAUGCUGCCUGCCAAUUAUGUCGUCGAAUUAAAUUGAUGACAAAUAUUGUGCUUUAUAUUUUACUUGUGAAAGGUUUUGAAACAUUUGAGGACAAUGCUUAGAACUAAAAACAUUUGGCUCACAGAUGCUCAAUGAGGGGGGGGGAAAAGUUGCUUGAGAGAAAGUAAAUUUGUCUCUUUUUUUAUAGUAGAAUUCAACAGUACUGUAAAGAAUCUCUGUAACACUCAAGUAGUUAAAACACAGGAAUCUCAGAUUUUGUAUUGAAGACACAAUGUGUUGUAAAUUAAUGACUUAUAGAUGAUAAUAUGUAUAUUUUCAUUUUUGAAUUUCAAAUGGUGCAUGGGUUAUUACCUUCUAAUGCAUUAUUGAUAUGCAAAGCAUGAUGCAUAAAUAAGUAUAAAAAUAUUACAGGUGCUUCUGUAAUUAAUUCUGUUGAUUUAAAUUUUUGUAGUUGAAAUUUUUGCACUGUGGUAAUUAGUACUUUUAAUAACUCAUUGAAGUUACGUGCAUCCUGUGAUGAUUGCAUUGACGGGUUGAUCGCCGAUUGUGUGUCUUGAAGUACAUUUGAAGUUAUACUUAAUAUCGUUCAUUGUUCAGCUGGCCAAAAGCAUUCUUAUAUUUAUAUGCUUAGAUAAUAUUUUUCUGUUUCCUUUCUGUUUUUGUACUAUUAUGUUUGAGUUUAAAUGAGCCAAAUUAAUAACAAUUUCUGAGCUUUUUUUAAAAAUGUUUGUAAAGGUUAUGCGAUUUUUAGGAAGCCAUGAUUCGGAUGGCUUCAGAACUGCCAUGUUUGUUUGUUUAAGGCAGGAAAGAUAUGAUUCCUUUUUAUAUGUGUAUAAAUAUAUAUAAAUAUCUUUAUAUAGUUGUUAUAAUGAAUUCUUUUGUAAGUAAUACUUUAAUUAAGGCUGGUGUGAUUUUAAAAAGGAGAGACAUGUCUCAGUAGGGGACACUGCACUGUCAGUAAAAUUUUUAUGUAUACUGCUGUUUUGUGAUCCUUAAUCUUUUUACUUAUGCAUUUUGUACUUUAUAUGAUCUGUUUGAUCUUGCAAUCAUUGUUGCUUUAUAUGAAAUGCUUUUAAGCAUAUUAAGACAAGGUUUUCUUAAUAUGCUAUGGUUUUUAUUUCAUAUAGUGUCUAGUAUAUUUCUCCUUUGUACUUCAGGCCGUCUCUUCCAUCAAUAAAAAUGUUUUCUGUAUCA